ACACCAACCCUCGGCCACUGGGAGAAGAAUCUCUCGUCCACUGGGUGUGCCAGCCGCUGGUUUACUCAGCCACACUCACCAUGUGCGAAGAGGAGAGCACUGCACUUGUGUGUGACAAUGGCUCUGGCCUGUGCAAGGCUGGCUUCGCAGGAGACGACGCGCCCCGGGCUGUCUUCCCCUCCAUCGUGGGGCGCCCCCGCCACCAGGGCGUGAUGGUGGGCAUGGGCCAGAAAGACAGCUACGUGGGAGACGAGGCUCAGAGCAAGCGAGGGAUCCUAACUCUCAAAUACCCCAUUGAACACGGCAUCAUCACCAACUGGGAUGACAUGGAGAAGAUCUGGCACCACUCCUUCUACAAUGAGCUGCGAGUAGCACCUGAAGAGCACCCCACACUGCUCACAGAAGCACCCCUAAAUCCCAAGGCCAACAGGGAGAAAAUGACCCAGAUCAUGUUUGAAACCUUCAAUGUUCCUGCCAUGUAUGUCGCCAUCCAGGCUGUGCUCUCCCUCUAUGCUUCUGGCCGCACCACAGGCAUCGUCCUGGAUUCGGGAGAUGGUGUUACCCACAAUGUCCCCAUUUAUGAAGGCUAUGCCCUGCCUCAUGCCAUAAUGCGCCUUGACCUAGCUGGCCGUGACCUCACAGACUACCUCAUGAAGAUUCUCACAGAGAGAGGCUAUUCCUUUGUGACCACAGCUGAGCGAGAAAUUGUGCGUGACAUCAAGGAAAAGCUGUGCUAUGUGGCCCUGGAUUUUGAGAACGAGAUGGCUACAGCAGCCUCCUCUUCCUCCCUGGAAAAGAGUUACGAGCUCCCAGACGGGCAGGUCAUCACCAUCGGCAAUGAGCGUUUCCGCUGCCCUGAAACCCUCUUCCAGCCUUCGUUCAUUGGCAUGGAGUCGGCGGGGAUUCAUGAAACAACCUACAAUUCCAUCAUGAAGUGUGACAUCGACAUCCGCAAAGACUUAUACGCCAACAAUGUUCUCUCUGGGGGUACCACCAUGUAUCCUGGCAUUGCUGACAGGAUGCAGAAGGAAAUUACUGCCCUGGCCCCCAGUACCAUGAAGAUCAAAAUUAUUGCCCCUCCAGAGCGGAAGUACUCAGUUUGGAUUGGAGGCUCCAUCCUGGCCUCUCUCUCUACCUUUCAGCAGAUGUGGAUCAGCAAGCCUGAGUAUGAUGAGGCAGGGCCAUCCAUUGUCCAUAGGAAAUGUUUCUAAAUCCAGAAACAGA